AUUCAUGAAAAAUUUGUUGAUUUUAUUCGAAAACUGCAGUCCAAUGAAUCAAUAAAAACGAUGGAAUUGAUACUUUAGAUAGCUCUGCUCUAAAAUAUGGAAAUAAGAGGACCAAUUCUUGAGAAAAAUCUAUGGCUUUGAACUUCACAACUACCUCUGCUAAUAAGGCUUUGUUUGGUUGUGUCCCUAAACCUUACUCAAACUUCCCAAAAAAUAAGGAUCUUUUUAAGGUCUGCCCUUUAUCAGGAGUACAGUUAAGGUCUGCAGCUGCUCAAUCUGAUGGAAGUCAAGGAAGAGUUACAACAGAAGAAGAGAUUGAGGAUUCUGCUUCUGAGGAUGCUGGGCAAUUCACUUCUGCACGGGCGCAGCUGGGUCUAUUGGAUCAACUAACUUCAUCAGCAGCUUCUGGUUAUGAAAGUGACCCUGAUCCAUCAGGAAAAGUAACCAUACGAGAGCAGCUUGCGCAACUGGUGGGUGGCAGAGAUAACGAUUUCAUCAUUGCACUAGGUAAAAAGAAUCUGAAGAAAGUGAGCCCCAAGUUCUUGACCAUAUCUCAGAAGCGCAACAUCAGAAGACAAGACUACCUGAAUGAAGUGUCCAAAAGGAAUGAUUCAGUCUUCUUUGCUAGCAUUGGCGCGUUUGUGAUCCUUCCCCCUGUAGUUAUACUAGGUAUUGCUGUUUUAACUGGCUAUGUACAACUCCUUCCUUGACACUAUACUGUAAAGAUUCGGAAAGUACAGUACUUUAGCACAUAGCUCCAUUUUGCGCCGUUUUUGUACAUCUAUAAGAUUAUAUCCAAGUACUUUUUGAUCUUGUGGUUA